GAAACGUUGUGAUGAUUAACUAACAAAACUACUAGCAGCAUCUCUCUCCCUCUCUCAUACUCUCUCUCGCUGCUUGUUCAUUUCAGAAACACACACAAAGUGUACGGACAGUGACCUGAAAAUUACAAGUGAACAUGGGGGUAUAUCUUAGCACCCCAAAGACUGAGAAGACCUCUGCUGAUGGGGAGGAUGACAGGCUUAGGUUUGGUGUGUCAUCCAUGCAAGGCUGGCGGUCAACCAUGGAAGAUGAUCAUGCAGCAUAUCUUAGUUUAGAUGAUUCCACAUCUUUCUUUGGAGUUUAUGACGGCCAUGGAGGUAAAGCAGUUUCUAAGUUCUGUGCUAAGUAUCUUCACCAGCAGGUGCUCAAGCAAGAAGCCUAUUCGGCUGGAGAUUUAGGAACUUCUCUACGGAAAGCUUUUCUGAGAAUGGAUGAAAUGAUGUGUGGACAAAGAGGUUGGAGAGAGUUAGCAAUAUUGGGUGAUAAAGUAGACCAAUUUAAUGGUAUGAUUGAAGGAUUAAUAUGGUCCAAGAGCGGGGAAGAUACGGGCCACCCUGAUGAUUGGGCUUCUGAAGAGGGAUCUCACUCUGACUUUAGCGGGCCAAGUUGUGGCAGCACAGCCUGUGUAGCAAUCAUUCGUAACAAACAACUUGUGGUUGCAAAUGCUGGUGAUUCCCGCUGUGUAAUAUCUCGAAAUGGUCAGGCAUAUAAUUUGUCCAAAGACCACAAGCCCGAUCUUGAAAUCGAGAAAGAAAGGAUAUAUAAAGCUGGUGGCUAUAUCCAGUGUGGACGGGUCAAUGGAACAUUAAACUUAUCAAGAGCUAUCGGAGACAUGGAGUUGAAAAGGGAUAAAUCUCGGCUUGCUGAAGAGCAAAUCCUUAGUGCUAAUCCAGAUAUAAGAACAGUUGACCUUGAUGAUGAUGAUGACUUCCUUGUUAUUGCAUGUGAUGGGAUAUGGGAUUGCAUGUCAAGUCAACAACUAGUGGACUUUGUUCGCGAACAGCUGGAAUCUGAAAAUAAGCUCUCCGCAGUAAUCGAGAAGGUGUUUGAUAGGUGCAUUGCACCGUCUGCUGGUGGAGAAGGAUGUGACAACAUGACAAUGAUCUUGGUGCAGUUUAAAAAACCUCCUAGUUCUUCUGCUUCAACCAAGGACCAUCAACCUUUGUCAUCUGAUCAACAAUCUGAAGUUGCGGAAGAGAUAUCGGGAUUUGAUCAAAGUACCAGCACACCCUCGAAAUAACUAAAUCCCAAGAGGUAUGACAUGAUAUGUACAUACACCAGAUGGCCAGAAUUUGUGGAUCUUAACACGUGUUUAUCAGCGGUCAUGUUUUCUUCAAGCUGUUUCUUUUCCUUUUUGUUGGGGUUUUGAAGAGGGUCGCAACUUGCAGCACUUUGUGUUGCGUUUUGGUCAUUACAUUAUGCAGUAGUAUAUGAAUAACGGUGUUGUGAACAGCGUUUAAAUUUACUUAAAUGGAUAAUAUAUAGAAUUAUAACAAUGUCUUGAAAUCCUUUGAGAUUUUACAAGUACAUGAUAUCGGUCCAUUUUUGUAAUUUAUGAUACGAGCGCCUGGACUA